AUGUACUGUUUCUUUCUUCUUCUUCCUCUGUUUUCCCCCAUUUUUGCCAAGAAAGUUGCUCCCAAUUCCAUGCUUCCCUUUGAAGCUGAGACUCUUUUCAAGAUCAUGGAGUCCAUGUCCUCUGACCAAAAUUGGAGGGUCUCUUAUCCCAACCCCUGUCAACCUGGCUCCUCUUGGCCUGGUUUGGAGUGCAAAGCAGCUCCCACUAACCUCGCCCUGCUUCAUGUCUCCAGGCUUGACUUUGGAACCUCCCCAAACCCCACUUGUAAACCUACUGCCACUUUCCCUUCAUUGAUAUUUGAUCUCCCUCACCUUCAGUCUGCCUUCUUUUUCAAUUGCUUCACUCACACCAACACCAACCUCUCUGUUUCCCCCACAGCCUUCACAAAUUCCUCCUUGCAACAGCUGAGCCUCCGAUUGAAUCCUGCCUUGACUGGUCCGAUCCCGACUCGACUUUCUUCCCUCAAGUCCUUGAAGAUCCUCACAUUGUCUCAAAACUGUCUUUUUGGCUCAAUCCCACCGGAGAUCUUCGGCUUGGUGUCGUUGGUGCACCUUGACUUCAGCUACAAUUUGCUCACAGGCAGCAUACCAAUCCAGUUGGGUAACCUCACAAGCCUUGAAGGGCUGGACUUGAGCUACAAUUCACUCACUGGACCAAUCCCAACCACAAUUGGGCAACUGGGUCAGCUUCAGAAACUUGACUUGAGCUCCAAUUCACUCACAGACACCAUCCCUGAUAGCAUUGAGAAGCUGAGUUCAUUGGUGUUUUUGGCUUUGAGUAGCAACCAAUUUGGUGGGCACUUACCAAAAGGAUUAGGAAAGCUGCAGAACUUGCAGUACUUCAUCAUGGAUGACAAUCCAAUGCAAAUUCCUCUGCCGUUGGUAUUCAGUAAACUAGUGAAACUGCAAGAACUCAGGCUUGCAAGUUCUGGCUAUUCUGGCAACAUCCCACCAAGCUUCUCACAGCUUAAAAACUUGACCACUUUAUCAUUGCAAAACAACCACUUAACCGGCCAAAUCCCAGCUGAAUUCAGUGGCCUAUCUCGCAUUUAUCACCUGAAUCUCAGCAGAAACUCCCUCAGUGGCACUGUGCCUUUCAGCUCAAGUUUCUUGAAGAGAUUGGGCAAAAACAUGGAUCUCAGUGGAAAUCCAGGCCUUUGCGUUAGCCCUUCUCAAGCCACUGUCCAAAAAUUUGGUGUCAAUGUCUGUGGAACCAAUCAGGAAGAUGGCUCGUUGAUCCAACCAAUGAACCAAUCUCCAGCUAAACCAAGCUUAUGUAAUCCAUUUGCUUUUGUUACUUGUUUGUUCUUGUUUAAAUUGAUUCGGCAUGUAUAAACUCGAGUUGA